GUCUGACACAAUGACGUUGCGAGGCAAAGCAAGCGUCUUUGCCGGCGCUGCUCUGCUCCGACUUGUUCUCUUUCUCGCAUUUCCAGGCCUACCCAAUCUACUAACUGGUCGCGUCGAGAUAUCAACCCCCGUCACGAGCUUCAAGCGCUUACAAGAAGGGCUCUUCUUAUAUACGAAUAAUGUUUCUCCUUACGAGGGUGGUGUCUUCCACCAGGCGCCGCUGCUGUUGCCCUUGUUCUCACUACUCCCCGACGUAAAGAGCUGGCCUAUCUUUACACAUUUACUUUAUAUCGCCGUGGACCUCUUGAGCGCCGAUGCGCUCUACAAGAUUGCUGAUUCGGGCGUGGCGAGCAAUUCGAGACUGUUUAAAUCACCGCGCCGUGCCAAUAAGUUUGGUACCGCUGCAGUUGCUGCUGGCUUCUUGUUCAACCCAUACACGAUCGCCACAUGUAUUGGACGAUCGACAGGUGUCUUCACCAACUGUGCCAUCCUCUUGGCCAUCACCAAGGCUAUCCAGGGCUCUCCCUUCAACGCCAUGGUCGCUCUAUCGUUCGCCUCUUACUUGUCGAUGUACCCUAUCCUACUUCUGCCCCCUCUCGUUCUUCUUGCCUAUGACUGUCAAGUCGAAAAACGCCGGGUUACUUCGUCUUCCAAGUUUGCUACCACUAACGUAGCCGUUGUGGCUGGAUGCAUGGUGUCCUUGUUGGGCAUGUCUUUCUUGCUUGCCAACAAUUCUUGGGAAUUCCUUGCUCGCACAUAUGGCAUUCAGUUGACCUUGUCAGACCUGACCCCCAACGUUGGAUUGUGGUGGUAUUUCUUCAUUGAGAUGUUUGACUCGUUCAGAGCCUUCUUCCUUGGUGUUUUCUGGCUGCAUCUCGCAUCUUAUCCUGCGGCGCUUUCCAUUCGUCUGCGCCCUCAGCCAUUGGCUGUGUUGACAAUUCUUCUUGGUACUUUCUCCAUCUUCAAGCCCUACCCUUCGCUUGCCGAUGCAAGUCUGUUCCUUUCCGUGGUUCCCCUGUUUCGACAUGUCUUCCCGCUCAUGCGAUACGCUUUUGUCACUACAUCGACUUUGCUGUACGCGACGUUCCUUGGGCCAGCCUUUUAUCACCUCUGGAUCUAUGCAGGAAGUGGCAAUGCCAACUUCUUCUAUGCCAUUACUCUUGUGUGGAGUCUGGGUCAGAGCCUACUGGUGACAGAUCUGACAUUUGCGGUGCUGAGAGAUGAAUGGGAGAUUGACCGCCCUGAAAUGGCAGGUAAAGAGAUCAGACAGAUAUAAAGCGAUUGUCAGAAAGGAAGGGGAACCACGAAUAUGGCUGUGAAAAGCACAGCUCCUACAUUGCAUGAAAGCAACAUGAUAGUUUAAA